AUUAUUUCAAGGGUAUUUUGGGAGAUUGACUAUUUUUUUUUGGGUUCUGUCUUGAAGACAAAGAAAGCUUUCUUCUAUAAUACAUCUUUCUCUACAGAUCACACAGAAGCAAAAAUUCCAUCUCCGAUUUCGGAAGAGAGUUGUUCUCUUCUCUGAGAAGAAGAAGAUGAGCAGAGGAAGCGGCGCUGGUUACGAUCGUCACAUCACUAUUUUCUCACCGGAAGGUCGUCUCUUCCAAGUCGAGUAUGCUUUCAAAGCCGUGAAAGCAGCUGGAAUCACAUCGAUCGGUGUCCGAGGGAAAGAUUCAGUAUGCGUCGUUACGCAGAAGAAAGUUCCGGACAAGCUUUUGGAUCAGUCUAGUGUAUCUCACCUUUUCCCUGUUACCAAGUACCUUGGAUUGUUAGCCACUGGCAUGACAGCUGAUUCAAGGUCAUUGGUACAACAAGCUAGGAAUGAGGCUGCUGAGUUUAGGUUCCAAUAUGGUUAUGAGAUGCCUGCAGAUAUUCUUGCUAAAUGGAUUGCAGAUAAGUCUCAGGUUUACACACAACAUGCUUACAUGAGACCCCUUGGAGUAGUUGCCAUGGUUCUAGGUAUUGAUGAAGAGAGAGGACCUCUACUUUACAAGUGUGACCCAGCUGGACAUUUUUACGGUCACAAGGCAACUAGUGCUGGUAUGAAAGAACAAGAAGCAGUCAAUUUCUUGGAGAAGAAAAUGAAAGAAAACCCUGCCUUCACAUAUGAUGAAACAGUACAGGUAAUUAUGGACAAUCCUUCUUUAUUUUAGAUCGGAAGCAGGUUGAUCAUUUGCAAUGUUCAUUUGCUUGCACUUUAAAAGCUUUAUUGUUUUAUAUUAGGUUUAGAAACUGUAGGAACGCACAAAACACCAAAAUUCUGUGACAGACCUAGACCAUUAUAUCUGACUUUGAGUUAUCAACUUUUGUAGACUGCUAUAUCCGCUCUCCAAUCUGUUCUUCAAGAAGACUUCAAAGCAACUGAAAUUGAGGUGGGAGUUGUGAGAGCUGAUGACCCUCUCUUCCGUUCCCUGAGAACAGAGGAGAUCGACGAGCACUUGACGGCCAUUAGUGAACGUGACUGAUCACUUUCACUGGAACAUUCAGUCGGGACUUUGCAUCUCUUUCUUUUGCUUUAAAUCUAUCUAAGAUGAUUCACGUUUCAGAGAAACGUGUUUCCAUUAGUCAUGAGUCGUGUAGUUUUCAUUUGAAUCAUCUGCUUCCUCCUAAUAGGAGUUACAUGUAAGGGUGUCAAAUUAAGGUCGAAUGAGAUGGUUUAAGGUUUUGAAUUUUAAAAGGCAAAACAAAGAAAGUUAUUUACAAAAAUUGGGAAAUCUGCAAAACCUGGACACUUGGUCUUUAACAUAAUCUCCUAAAGGAACUCUGCAUUUUGAUGUCCGAGUCCAACUCAAUGAACAGAGCUUGACUGAAACGUUUUUUGGAGGUGAAAUUC